GAUGUUUACUGUUGUGUUUGUUGAAGGAGAGUUCCAACGGGCCUGUAAAGAGGUCUAUGAGGGAGAAGGCCAUCGAACGGCGGACCACCAACAAGGAGCACAACAGCAACUUCAAGGCAGGCUAUGUGCCCAUAGAGGAGGAGCGCCUGCACAAGACAGGCCUGAGAGGACGCAAGGGCAACAUGGCUGUCUGCAUCAUCAUCUUGCUCUUUCUGCUGGCACUCAUCAACCUCAUUGUGAGUGCCCAAUUACACACAAAGCUCGUCUGCAUUAUGUAAUCAUCCUUGUGUAUCUGAAUUCACUUUUAACUCAGGCUAGUAGCAUGCAUAGCAUCAUGAUAAUGUUAGUAAUGGUUAUGUUAUAUCUAGUUAUGAUUAUGACAAUAAUCAAAUCAAUAUAUCCAAAUAUCUGACAAUUUUUCCAACUCUUAGAUUACUCUAGUGAUCCGGACAGCCUCAGUCUAGCUGAGAUGGCCUGUAAUAGUAAAAGAGAACGGACACAAGUUUACAUCUGCAAAGUUCUGGCACUUUCUUUAUUCUGAAGAAUGUUUUUUUUUUCUCUUGUUCAAUUGUCUAUUUUCUUGUUCGUACUUUUAAAAACAUUCACAUCAAACAAGUGCACACUUUAAAUUACACAACAUAAAUGCACUUUACCUGAAGCAGAAUUCAAAAAUGUUCCACAAAUUACUUUGUCUUACUCUAUAAUUUCACAUGAAAACCAAAAUGUACUUCACAUUCAUACAAUAGAAACACUUAUAUAUGAAGCCAAAAAUAACUGACUGUUUUUCUAUAAACCUCUACCAAUAUAGAAAACUGACAACAAUACAUUCAGCUUUAAGAUAGUAGCACCUCCGUAAAAUCGUCUCUCUCUCAUGCACCCGCACUGCGUGCACGGCGGGUUUACCAGCUCGUGAGCACAAUUUUACACAAAACCAAUAACAUGUAAAACAAACUAAGAAAUCCCUAACAAAUGGAUUCUUUAUAAAAUCUCCUAGACAAAAUCCAGUACAAGUAAGCUACUCAGUAAACAGUCUCUGUGACUUGUAAUAGUUUCUACCUCAGCUAGCAUCAAGCUAACAUAAAUCCAGUACAAGUACAUCAUGUUUCCAGGCACCAUGUAAGAAUUGAGAACAACUGCGUUUGCUGCUUGUCUCCAUGACUGGUAUGACGGUUGUCCCAGACUCUCAUAGCUAAACAUUUCUCUGGGCCUUCCAGUGUGCGACCUUCUCACAGGUAAGUCUUCCUUUCCAUUGACCUCUUGCCGCUGUACUAGCACAACAUCUUGGAGUUUCUCCUGCACUUCAUCCUCCACUCCAUGCUGUUCAAGUCCUUCAGACUGUUUCUGGAUCUGUUCUAUUUCCUGUGCCACUGUAGGUCUGAACUUCUGAGCAGUAGCUUGCAGUCUGGUAAGCCACUCUGGUUGACUUGUUGUGGUCUGACAUCACUCUGAUGGACCUGAGGACUGUGCUGGUAAGUAUAGUAGCUUUCCUCUUCAUCUGAACUGUCAGAUUCUUGGUCAAUCAUGUUACUGUUUGUUGUCUGUUUUUGUCUUGGUGUUGUUCUUUUCACAGGUUUGGUUGGAGUGUCUUGAUGCACUGGCAAGUCAUUUACAGGUAACAGGAGGUUACGGUGCAGCACACGAAGAGCUUUGUCUCCAGAUUCUGACUGGAUCUUAUUCACUGGACCCUCUCUAAUUCUCUCCACAACUCUGUGUACUGUCUUCUCCCAGUAAGCACAGAGUUUCCCGGGGCCACCUCUUUCCGAUAGGUUCCUCACAAGGACUCAAUCACCUGGCUGUAGAGUUGCACCUUUGACACCUUUGUCGUAGUACUUCUUCCCUUUCACUGAGGACUUUUGACUGUUCUCAGAAGCUAUUUUGUAUGCGUCUUGCAUCUUUGUUGCCCACUUCUCUGCGAAUGUUUGUUGGGUUCUUGUCACUGUUUCUGGUUUGAGGUUGAACAGUAGAUCGAUAGGAAGGGGCUCUGCCAUACAGCAGGAAAAAUUGUGAGUAUCCCAUUGCCUUGUGCCUUGUACAGUUAUAGGAAUGGACGAUGUUUGGUAGAUGGUCUUUCCACUCUGUCGUCUUCUCUUCUUGCAGAGUACGGAACAUCUACAGGAGUGUUCUAUUCAUCCUUUCCACAGGGUUCCCUUGUGGAUGGUAUGGGGUAGUUAGAGAGUGUGAGAUCCCUGCAAGCUGUUGGAGUCUCUGGAACAGGUUGUUCUCGAACUCUCGCACUUGAUCGUGGUGAAGCUUACUAGGAUAGGCAAACCGAGGUCUUGGAAUAUCUUCUCAGCUGCAGUUUUUCCUGACUUGUUCUUCGUUGGGUAGGCCUGUGCAAAGCGUGUGAAAUGAUCGACCAGUACAAUAAUAUAUUCAUAGCCUCCUUUGCUUGGCUCAUUGUGCAUGUAGUCGACGGAGAGAAGCUCAAAGGGUGCACUGGUGGCGAGAGAACCCAUAGGUGCUUUCUCUGGAACACAGGGAUGUUUCUUGAUACAUGCACACUGUCUGAUCACAGUCUUCUACUUCAUGCUGCAUGAAUGGCCAGUAAAAUCUUUCCCUGACUAGAUGGAUCACUUUGUUUGCUCCGACGUGGCCCAUGUCGUCAUGUAAGUUCUUCAGCACCACUGAUUUCAGCUUGCUGGGUAGUACCAGUUGCUUUCGUUGUCCAGCCUGUCUGUACAGGAUUACAUUUUCCAUGACCAACUUGUUCCACUCAUGGACUAGUCUCCUUAUUUCUGGUCCCAUGAGCUUUCUCUCUUUCUCAUUUGGAUUCCAUCUUUUGUUUUUCAGUGAGAUGAUUUCUCUGAUUGCAGCAUCCUCGAAUGUGCAGCCUUAAUAUCCUCUGGUGUGAUGGCAGGCACGCCUUCAGGUGACACACCACCCUCUCCAGAGUUGACUUGCAGCGCAGCCACCCAUGGGACAUCCUCAUUUUUCACUGCUCUGCUUCCUUGCCAUACCGUUGAGAUGACUUCUGGUGGCAUAGAUUCUGUGUAUUCACCCAUGUGGUUGUGGAGAACGACAGGACAACGAGAUAGUGUGUCAGCGUCUGCAUUCAUUUUCCCAGGCCUGUAUUUCAGGUCGAAGUGGAAGUCGGCCAACUCCCCGACCCAGCGGUGACCUACUGCGUUGAGUCUAGAUGUGCUCAGAACAUAGGUCAAAGGGUUGUUGUCUGUGUAUACGGUGAAGAUGGGUGCAUAGUAUAGAUAGUCUCUAAAUUUGUCACAGAUCGCCCAUUUAAGUGCUAAAAACUCAAGUUUGCCAGAGUGGAGGUGGUCGUUUUUCUCUGCUGGAGUUAGUGUUCUGGACCAUACCCGAUUACACGUAGUCUCCCGUUUUGAUGUUGGUAAAGGACAGCCCCUAGACCCUCCUUGGAAACGUCAGUGUGUAACACAAAUUGUAAGUCACAGUCUGGGUAUGCUAGUAAGGGUGGAUUGGUUAGCAUGUCCACCAACUUGGCUAUGAUGGCUCUGUGUACAGCCGUCCACUGGACUGGUGUCUUGGGAUGCCGUUGUCCAUUGCUAACCUUUUUGGCCUGGGUUUUUCCUCUGGUUGAUUUGGGCUUGGCAGUUUUCCCCUUUUCUUCUGAUGGACUUUGUAGCAGCUCAAAUAGGGGUUUGGCCAUCCUGGAGAAAUCUUGGUUGAACGACCUGUAGUAGCCGAAGAAUCCCAGCAGUGUUCUGACCUCUCCAACUCUCUGUGGCUCCCUCUCCUUUAGCCACAACACAGCCUCCAAGUCUUUUGGGUCGAUUUGUACUCCAUCGCUGGAUACGAUCCGACCUAUGUACAGUUGAAGUCGGAAGUUUACCUUAGCCAAAUACAUUUAAACUCAGUUUUUCACAAUUCCUGACAUUUAAUCCUAGUAAAAAUUCCCUGUUUUAGGUCAGUUAGGAUCACCACUUUAUUUUAAGAAUGUGAAAUGUCAGAAUAAUAGUAGAGAUAAUGAUUUAUUUAAGCUUUUAUUUAUUUCAUCACAUUCCCAGUGGGUCAGAAGUUUACAUACACUCAAUUAGUAUUUGGUAGCAUUGCCUUUCAAUUGUUUAACUUGGGUGAAACGUUUCGGGUAGCCUUCCACAAGCUUCCCACAAUAAAUUGGGUGAAUUUUGGCCCAUUCCUCCUGACAGAGAUGGUGUAACAGUCAGGUUUGUAGGCCUCCUUGCUCGCACAUGCUUUUUCAGUUCUGCCCACACAUUUUCUAUAGGAUUGAGGUCAGGGCUUUGUGAUGGCCACUCCAAUACCGUGACUUUGUUGUCCUUAAGCCAUUUUUCCACAACUUUGGAAGUAUGCUUGGGGUCAUUGUCCAUUUGCAAGACCCAUUUGCGACCAAGCUUUAACUUCCUGACUGAUGUCUUGAGAUGUUGCUUCAAUAUAUCCACAUAAUUUUCCUUCCUCAUGAUGCCAUCUGUUUUGUGAAGUGCAUCAGUCCCUCCUGCAGCAAAGCACCCCCACAGCAUGAUGCUGCCACCUCCGUGCUUCACGGUUGGGAUGAUGUUCUUCGGCUUGCAAGCAACCCCCUUUUUCCUCCAAACAUAACUAUGGUCAUUAUGGCCAAACAGUUAUAUUUUUGUUUCAUCAGACCAGAGGACAUUUCUCCAAAAGGUAGUAUGGCUUUUUUAUGGCGGUUUUGGAGCAGUGGCUUCUUCCUUGCUGAGCGGCCUUUCAGGUUAUGUCGAUAUAGGACUAAUUUUACUGUGGAUAUAGAUACUUUUGUACCUGUUUCCUCCAGCAUCUUCACAAGGUCCUUUGCUGUUCUGGGAUUGAUUUGCACUUUUCGCACCAAAGUACGUUCAUCUCUAGGAGACAGAACGCAUCUCCUUCCUGAGCGGUAUGACGGCUGCGUGGUCCCAUGGUGUUAUUACUUGCGUACUAUUGUUUGUAGAGAUGAACGUGGUACCUUCAGGCAUUUGGAAAUUGCUCCCAAGGAUGAACCAGACUUUUGGAGGUCUACAAUUUUUUUUCUGAGGUCCUGGCUGAUUUAAUUUUUUAUUUUCCCAUGAUGUCAAGCAAAGAGGCACUGAGUUUGAAGGUAGGCCUUGAAAUACAUCCACAGGUACACCUCCAAUUGACUCAAAUGAUGUCAAUUAGCCUAUCAGAAGCUUCUAAAGCCAUGACAUCAUUUUCUGGAAUUUUCCAAGCUGUUUAAAGGCACAGUCAACUUAGUGUAUGUAAACUUCUGACCCACUGGAAUUUUGAUACAGUGAAUUAAAAGUGAAAUAAUCUGUCUGUAAACAAUUGUUGGAAAAAUAGCUUGUGUCAUGCACAAAGUAGAUGUCCUAACCGACUUGCCAAAACUAUAGUUUGUUAACAAGACAUUUGUGGAGUGGUUGAAAAACGAGUUUUAAUGACUCCAUCCUAAGUGUAUGUAAACUUCCGACUUCAACUGUACCUCACUUGGCGUCUGAAGACUUCACACUUUUUCGGCCGUAGUUUGAUACCGUGCUCCUCAUCUGCCUAAGCACUCUUCUCAGGUCUUCCACAUGUUGACUGAACAUCUUGGAAUAGCAGAGAAUAUCAUCCAGAUAUGGAGAACAACAGUCGUCUCUCAUGCCCUCUAGAACUCCUUCCAUACACCUCUGGAAAGCGGAUGUGGCGUUGGUCAAACCAAAGGGGAUGCGGACCCACUCAUAUAGCCCCCAGGGGAUGCUGAACGCGUUGGCUUGUCUUGAGCUUUCAUCCACGGAGCCUUGAUGGUAAGCGCUGCCUUGGUCGAGUAUCGAGAACCAUGUGUAUCCCCCUACGUUAUCCAGCAGGUCUUGUAUCCGUGGCAACGGAUGAUGGUCAGGGAUGGUCUUGCGAUUCAUCUCCCUUAAGUCGACACAUAACUGCAGGCUGCUGUCCUUCUUGCGCACGCAGACCACCGGGGAUGAAUAUGGAGAUGUGGAUUUCUUGAUCCAGCCUCUCCAGUAGGUUUUGGACAUAUUCUUUCACCUCUUUGUAUAGAGGUUUCGGAAUGGAGUUGUAACUUUUCUGGACAAGAGUGUGAUCCUUCAAGUUGAGUUUCAGCUUAAGGUUUGGAAUGCAGCCGAUAUCUCCAUCUUCCUGUGCGAACACAUCAGAUUAUUAUGACUAUUUCCUGUUCCUCUUCCUGUAGAUGUUCUAAGUCAACAGGUGGGUGCCAUUUUUCUCUGAACCCAACUAGUGUGUGACUCUCUUUUCUCUGCUCACCAUUGUGAAUCUGAGUGGAGCAUAAGAAAGCAUCACUAGACUGACUCACAUGCUUCUUCUGACAGUCAGGUGCUGUGAUGACAGGUCUGAUGUCAUCCAUCAGCUCUACCCAACCCAGCACUGUUCUCUGAGAGAGAUGAAUGUCAUGUUGUGUGGAGUUCUGAAUUGGAAUCUUUACCACCUUCGAGGCUCCACAGGGCACAUCCACAAGGCAUGGAAACAGCUCCAAACCUUCUGGGCAAUGGCUGUCCAUGGCUGGCUCGAACAUCAUUGUUCCUCCCUCUGGCCAGGCUCUGAUUCUACGUUUCACCUCAGCUAUUUGACCUGUAGGAACGGAAAGUCCUUUCUUUCCCACUUUUACCAAACAGUUAAUUGAAAUUUCAUCAUGGGUCAUCACUUUAAUGGCAGAGACCAUGGUUUCAACAGCUUUUUCUUUUACAUUCAUCACCUCACUCAAAGAAGAUGAUCGUGUACUUCGGGAAACAGCAGAGGGUGCACCCCCCUAUCCACAUCGACUGGACCGCAGUGGAGAAAUUCCUUGGCGUACACAUCACCGACAAACUGAAAUGGUCCACCCACGCAGACAGUGUGGUGAAGAAGGCGCAACAGAGCCAACCCUUUCCUAACGUGAUAACACCUUGACAAAGUUGUUUAAUAGCAUGUUAUUACAUAUUCUUUCGAUAUUAGAAAGGUUUGAAGUUCUGUUACAUACCUGUAAUAGUGAAGAGAACGGACACAAGCUUACAUCUGCAAAGUUCUGGGGCUUUCUUUAUUCUGAAGAAUGGUGCGCUUGGCCAGAACUUGCUGUUUCCCCUACUACCACAGUGCAACAUCGCCAUCUAUUGGCAUGAUGGACUACUAAUGCUCAAGCAUGUAGAGCAUACCAUUUAGAUUAAUUAAGACAAAAAAACAAAUUGGUUAAAAAUAAUAAUAACAAUAAAGGGGUGUCUGUUUUUUGUGACUUUGUUUUCAACCCAUUACACAUGGCAUCAUGAUAAUGUUAGUAAUGGUUAUGUUAUAACUAGUUAUGAUUAUGACAAUAAUCAAAUCAAUAUAUCCAAAUAUCUGACAAUUUUCCCAACUCUUAGAUCACUCUAGUGAUCUGGACGGUGAUACGAAUCGGGCCCAGUGGUUGUGACAGUAUGGAGUUCCAUGAGAGUGGGCUGCUGCGUUUCAAGCAGAAGGCAGACAUGGGCGUGGUCCACCCACUGCACAAGAGCACUGUGGGAGGCAGGAAGGACCAGGACCUGGUUAUCACCGGCAACAACAACCCGGUGAGCUUAGGCAAAACACAUUCACCUAGGCAACACACACAACACACAGGCACAAACACAGAAUAGAUUCAGAACACACAAAUGCAUUGUUUAACCAGUCUAUACAUACACACAUCCCCAAUACCCAAAUAUAAAUAUAUUAACCUUUUACUGAGUUGGCUAAAUCAGGGUCACACAGAGUGUUUCUUGGUAGUCUUAAACAAAUCUACUUUGAAACAAAAUUAUACACCUCACACACAUGGUUAUGGGCUUAAAAAAAACAAGACACUUUACACUUUAUAUACAUCACAGAAGACUGAAAUAUAACAAAAUCAUUUGACAUAGAAACACCGGAUUUUCAGCUGGGUUUAAAAAAAUAAUGUUUUAAUUAUGAAAUUAUGAAAAGUAUUAAUAACGUUCCACCCAUGAGGCCACUAGGUCAUUUGUGUCACGCCCUGACUUAGGGGACGCUUAUAUGUUGAGUCAGGGUGUGUAUAUUCUAUGUUGUGUAGUUCUAUGUUUAUAUUCUAGUAUGUGUAUUUCUAUGUUGGCCGGUGUGGUUCCCAAUCAGAGGCAGCUGUCGCUCGUUGUCUCUGAUUGGGGACCAUACUUAGGCAGCCUAUGGGCACUAUUGAGUUGUGGGAUCUUGUUCCGUGUGAGGUAUGUUGUUUGUGUACCUUGGACUUCACGUUUCGUUUAGUUUGUUGUUUUGUCGUUGUUUAUUUGUUUCAAAUAAACAUGUAUGCAUAUCACGCUGCGCCUUGGUCUGACCCGUCUAUGAACGAACGUGACAGAAGAUCCCACCAAACGAGAACCAAGCAGCGUGCCCAGGCGGAGAGAGUAGCCAUGUCACAGGUGGGCAAUUGGUGGUCAUGGGAGGAGAUAUUUUCGGGAAAAGGACCCUGGGCGAAGCCCAGGCAGGAGAGGAGCAACGGCAACACGGAAGCCGGCCGAGGAGGAGGCCCGAGAAGCAGCCACAAUAAAAAAAAUUGGGGGGGCUAAAGGGGUGGUCGGGGAGCGAGAGAGAAGAGCCCCGACCACUGCACCCGGUUGGUUUUCAGAUUGGGUCCCUACGACCAUGGGAAGAGGAGUGGGAACAGUAUUAUACUGAGAAGUCGGAGGAUGACGACGACGACGAGUUUCUGUUCCCUAACUCGUGGGGGCUCCCGGAGGAGUCCUCACGGGAAGAGGAGUGCCGACGACGGAGACCCGAGAGGCAACCCCAAGAAAACAAUUUGGGGGGGCACACGGGGUGGAUGACGAGGCAGCAGGAGGCCGUGGAAGGGCGAAUCUGCAGGUUAGGAGAGGAGGCCACCAUGUUACGGGGGCUAUUGGUUCAGAGGGAGCAGGAGUUAUUCGGUCAGAGGGAGGCGCUACAGGAGGCUAAAAGGGAGAAGGAAAGUGUAGUGGCACGGCGAGAGGAGCUGGUUAAGCAAGUGGUGCGUGUCGCCAGUCCGGUCCGGCCCGUUCCUGCUCCCCGCACUAAGCCAGUUGUGCGUGUUCCCAGUAUGGCCCGACCUGUUCCUGCUCCUCGCACCAAGCCAGUGGUGCGGGUCGCCAGUCCGGUCCAGCCCGUUCUUGCUCACCGCACUAAGCCAGUGGUGCGUGUUCCCAGUACGGCCCGACCCGUUCCUGCUCCUCGCACCAAGCCAGUGGUGCGCGUCGCCAGCCCGGUCCGGCUUGUUCCUGUCCCUCGCACCAAGCCAGUGGUGCGCGUCGCCAGCCCGGCCCGGCCUGUUCCUGCUCCUCGCACCAAACCAGUGGUGCGUGUUCCCAGCCCGGUCCGGCCUGUUCCUGCUCCUCGCACCAAACCAGUGGUGCGUGUUCCCAGCCCGGCCCGGCCUGUUCCUGCUCCUCGCACCAAGCCAGUGGUGCGCGUCGCCAGUCCGGCCUGGCCUGUCCCCACUCCUCGCACCAAGCCAGUGGUGCGCGUCGCCAGCCCGGCCCGGCCUGUUCCUGCCCCUCGCACCAAGCCAGUGGUGCGCGUCGCCAGCCCAGCCCGGCCUGUUCCUGCUCCCCGCACCAGGCCAGUGGUGCGCGUCGCCAGUCCGGUACGGCCCGUUCCUGCCCCUUGCACCAAGCCAGUGGUGUGCGUCGCCGGCCCAGCCUGUUCCUGCUCCUCGCACCAAGCCAGUGGUGCGUGUGUCCAGUCCGGCACGGCCCGUGCCUGUUCCACCGGUGCCUGCUCAGCUGCUCCACUCCGGAGCCAGAGCAGUCCGCUCCACUCCGGAGCCAGAGCAGUCCGCUCCACCGGGGUCCAGUCCAGACCCAGACGUCAGCCCCUCUCCAGGUUCGGGGUCUCCCACACCAGGGUCCAGACAGGGCUUGGAGUAUAGUGGGAGGAAGGAGAGGGGAAGCAGCGCGCCGAGGUCCAGACCAGACCAGGGGCGCAACAGGGAGGCGAAGAGUGAGAGGUCGUCACGCCCUGAGCCGGAUCCGCCUCCGAGGCGGAAUGCCCACCCGGCCCCUACCCUGUUAUGUUUAUGUUGUGCGGUCGGAGUCCGCACCUUUGGGGGGGGGGGGGGUACUGUCACGCCCUGACUUAGGGGACGCUUAUAUGUUGAGUCAGGGUGUGUAUAUUCUAUGUUGUGUAGUUCUAUGUUUAUAUUCUAGUAUGUGCAUUUCUAUGUUGGCCGGUGUGGUUCCUAAUCAGAGGCAGCUGUCGCUCGUUGUCUCUGAUUGGGGACCAUACUUAGGCAGCCUAUGGGCACUAUUGAGUUGUGGGAUCUUGUUCCGUGUGAGGUAUGUUGUUUGUGUACCUUGGACUUGUUGUUUAUUCGGUUCAAAUAAACAUGUAUGCAUAUCACGCUGCGCCUUGGUCUGACCCGUCUAUGAACAAACGUGACAAUUUGACUGCAAGGAAAGGGCUGAGAUGGCCUGUAACUGUAUGCUCUUCCAGGUGGUGUUCCAGCAGGGCUCCACUAAGCUCAGUGUUGAGAAAGAGAAGACGUCCAUCAUCAGUGACAUGGGCGUAUCCUUCACUGACCCCCGCACUCAGAACACCUUCUUCAGCACAGACUUUGAAAACCACGAGUUCCACCUGCCCAAAGGAGUCAAAGUACUCAAUGUGAAGAAGGCCUCCACAGAAAGGGUAUGUUCCAGGGCUUCAGAAGCCAUCAAAUAAAACAUGUAAUAAAACCGUAGGAUUGCCAUUGCAGCACCACAAAGUGUGUUGCUGUAGAUCAAAUACAUUCUAGAAUCCAUUCCUGUCAUUGAUGAAAAUGUAGAAAAAUCCCAGAAAAAGUGGUAGAUCUCUGAAGACUCUAUCUUUCAGAUCACCAGCAAUGCUUCCUCUGACCUGUCCAUUAAAGGGGACAGCAAGGCCAUCAUCCGCGGCAACGAGGGUGUCUUCAUCAUGGGCAAGACAGUGGAGUUCAGGAUGGGAGGGGACAUCGAGCUCAGAGCUGUGAGUGUUACCCCUUACCAAAUUUGUAAUACAUGUAUACUAUUUUUAAAGUCUAUAGUGUACUGCAUUCCAUUAACAAAUAUGGUUAACAGGGUAUUUCCCUUUGCAGGAGAACAGUAUUGUUUUGAACGGAUCUGUGAUGGUGAGCGUCACUCGCAUGCCUAACUCCUCAGUGGGAGCCAAUGUGUAUUUCGACGAGGGUCUGUUGAGGUACAAGCUGUGUAUGUGUGCAGACGGCACUCUGUUCCGUGUCCAGGUGAAGUAUCAGAACAUGGGCUGCCAGACCUCAGACAACCCAUGUGGAAAGGCCCACUAAAGAGACUGGAACACAAACUGAUGUUACACCAUCCAUCCUCUCCUACAAUCAACAGAUGGUCUGGCCAACCAGUGUUGAAAUACCAUAGAAUGGUGUACAGUGCAUACUCCAUACGCAUUCAAAAUGUAGCACACCCAGAAACACUCUAUUUUUUAUGGUGGC